AUGAGGUCGGGGGCCUUCCUCCUCUGCUUCGCGCUACUGCACGUAGCUGGGGCGGCCUUCCCCGAAGACAGCGAACCUAUAAGCAUCUCACAUGGCAAUUACACAAAGCAGUACCCGGCCUUUGUGGGCCACAAACCCGGCAGGAACAACACGCAGCGGCACAAACUGGACAUUCAGCUCAUCAUGAUCAUGAACAAGACUUUAUUCAUUGCUGCCAGGGAUCACAUAUACACAGUUGACACCGACACCGCCACAAAUGACGAGAUCUUUUUCAGUAAGAAAAUGACAUGGAAGUCCAGGCAGGCUGACGUGGACACAUGCAGAAUGAAAGGAAAGCAUAAGGAUGAGUGUCACAAUUUCAUCAAAGUCCUCCUGCAGCAAAACGAAGACAACCUGUUUGUUUGCGGGACAAACGCUUUCAACCCAUCGUGUCGAACAUACAGGAUGGACUCCCUGGAAGCUCUCGGAGAGGAAAUCAGUGGAAUGGCUCGAUGCCCUUACGAUGCCAAGCAUGCCAAUGUUGCUCUUUUUGCUGACGGCAAGCUCUACUCAGCCACUGUCACAGACUUUCUGGCCAUCGAUGCAGUCAUCUAUCGUAGCCUCGGAGACAGCCCUACACUGCGUACGGUUAAGCAUGACUCCAAAUGGCUAAAAGAGCCCUACUUUGUGCAGGCAGUCAAUUAUGGGGACUUCAUCUAUUUCUUCUUCAGGGAAAUUGCUAUGGAGUACAACACAAUGGGAAAGGUGGUGUUUCCUCGGGUGGCGAGGGUUUGCAAGAAUGACAGAGGCGGCUCACCUCGCGUUCUAGAGAAGCAAUGGACGUCGUUCCUCAAGUCCCGCUUGAACUGCUCCAUCCCUGGGGACUCCCAUUUUUACUUCAACAUCCUGCAGGCUGUGACGGACGUAAUUCACAUUAACGGGAAGGAUGUCGUGAUGGCCACAUUCUCCACACCGUACAACAGCAUUCCAGGCUCGGCCGUGUGUGCCUAUGACAUGGCGGAGGUGGCCAACGCGUUCACCGGGCGUUUCAAAGAGCAAAAAUCCCCAGACUCCACCUGGACGCCUUUUCCUGAGGAGAGGGUUCCAAAGCCAAGGCCUGGCACCUGUGCCGGCAGUCCAUCGAUGGAGAGGUACAAAGUCUCCAAUGAGUUCCCCGACGACACACUCAACUUCAUCAAGAUGCAUCCCCUAAUGGAUGAAGCAGUGCCUUCCAUUGCCAACCGGCCCUGGUUCCUCAAGACCAUGGUUCGCUAUCGCCUGACACGCAUUGUGGUGGACAGUGAGGCGGGCCCUUAUAAGAACAACACUGUGGUCUUCUUGGGAUCUGAGAAAGGCAUUAUCCUCAAGUUCCUUGCUAAGAUGAACAAAGGCUUCCUAAACGACAGCUUGUUCCUGGAGGAAGUCAAUGUCUACAAUCCUGACAAAUGUAGUAUAGAUGGUGUGGAGGACAAACGCAUCGUCAGCAUGCAGAUCGACGCCAAGAGUCAUGCCCUGUGGGUAGCUUUCACCUCCUGUGUGGUUAAAGUACCUCUGUCUCGCUGUGAAAGACACGGGAGAUGCAAGAAGUCCUGUAUCGCCUCUAGGGAUCCGUAUUGUGGCUGGGUGUCAGAAGGAGCGUGCAGACAAGUGAUUGACACCAAAUCCGCCUUUGAGCAGGACGUGGAGCAUGGUAACACAGAUGGCCUGGGAGACUGCCAAAAUACCUUCGUGGCUUUGAAUGACGUUCCUUCCAGUUAUAAAGGUAAUGAAACACUCAAUCAUGGUCGGUCCACCCUCUCACUCCCCACACCGGUCCUUCCCAAGGCCGCCGAGGGCCCCCUGGGGCGCGGCCGCAUGGUGGAGCGCAAGGAUGCCCCCAUGAGCUCAGACACAGGGGAGGAGCCCUACAUGGCUGUACCCUCUCAGACUCAGCCCGAAGCCGAUGGUGUGAUCCGUGAGAGCUACCAGAAGGGUCGCGACCAGCUGGUUCCGGUCACUAUGUUAGCCAUCGCCGUCAUCCUUGCGUUUGCAAUGGGCGCCAUCUUUUCCGGUAUCAUUGUCUAUUGCGUAUGUGACCACCGGCGUCGAGACUUGGAUCUGCCCGGCCGCAAGGACAAGGACAACCACCACCUCCACUCGCGCCGAGGUUCAAUGAACAGCGUGACGAAACUGACAGGUCUGUUUGAGACGCAGGCCAAAGACGGCCGACCUGAGGCUAUACUCACACCUUUGAUGCACAACGGGCGACUGACACCCAACGGCAAGAUGCUCAUCAAAGCCGAUCAGCACCACCUAGACCUCACCGCCCUACCGACGCCCGAAUCCACCCCCAUGCAGCCACGCCGCAAGCCCAGUCGAGGAAGCCGCGAGUGGGAACGUAACCAAAACCUCAUCAAUGCUUGCACCAAGGACAUGCCCCCCAUAGGGUCCCCUGUCAUCUCAGACUUGCCCCUGAGGGCAUCCCCAGGACACAUUCCCAGCGUGGUGGUGUUGCCUCUGCCCCAGCACCAGCACCAACUACCUCCUCACCUGCAACAAUCCUUCCAGCACGAGUACGUGGAACAGCCUCACCCCAGCGACUUCAACAUGGGCCUCAUGGAUGACCAGGGCGCCACUCUGGAGUACAAGACGGUCAAGAACCCACACCAUAACCUUUCCAUGGUGGACCCAGAUGGUAUGCUUCCGCCCCGCGUACCCCAACGAGAGGCUUCACUCACCAUCCCGCCAGCGGUCCCGCAGAUGGGAAAACGUCUAGAGGUCCACUCGUCCGUUUACGGACUCCGGAAAGGCUCGUCGUCCUCUGCCUCGGGCUCGUCGGGCCUGAAGAAGCACAACACCAACUCAUCCAACUCCUCCCAUUUGUCGAGGCACCAGAGCUUCAACCAUGUGGAAACGCCGCCUCCCGCACCUCAGCGGGUGGACUCCAUACAAAUGACAACGCAGGGCAUAUCUCUAUCACGGCAGUCUGGCAUGGGUGCCUAUGGCUCACUCCCCCGCGGUGGCAUCAAACACCUUAAGCCCGACGUCCCUCCCAAACCGUCCAUUGUGUCACUCUCCACAAAGAUGAAGUCCAGCGACGGCUGUACAUAG